ACCCUCUUGACCAAUUCGAAUAAUUGCUUUUUGAUUGAGUUCAAUGCUGCGGAGGCUUAACUUAAAUUUGAAUUUUCAAUCUGCUGGCACGCGUUGAAGGCUGAACAAGGAUAUAUCUUUGGUCAUGUUGUAUCCCUUGGAACUACCUCGGCCUCGUCGGCCCAUAAAUAGGGAUUAUGGUGGAAAAACAGGACUUAUACAGACUCCUCAGCGGGAUGACAGACGUGGGCCUGGAAAAAUAAUGAGGAUAAUGCUGCCAUAUCUCAAGGACUAUGCCGCCGAGUCCUCCGUGCAUGGCAUACGAUAUCUGGCGGAGCCAAAGAUGAAGAACUUUGAGAGAAUAAUCUGGCUGCUGAUCCUGGUGACCACCACCAUAGGCGCCAUUGUGGUCUAUGUGGACCUGAACGCCCUUUACCAAUCAGUACGCAUCCAGACUACGAUUAAGAACACCAUGCUUCCCAUUUUCCGAGUGCCUUUUCCCUCCAUUGCCCUGUGUCCGCGAAAUCGGAUGAACUGGCGGGUACUGGAGAACGGUGCCGCUGAACACUUUCUGGGAGCCAAUGCCUCGGAGGUCCAAAAGGAUGUCUUCAUUAGGUUCUUCACUGUGGCAGCAGAUCCUCACUUGGCCCGCCUCGCAGAGCUGUCGAAUUUCUUUCAGAACGAAACUCUAACAGCGAAUCUUCACCUGUUGGAUGGAGUGGAUCUGGCCAAGGUGUAUGAAUAUAUACAGUUCAGGUGUCAGGAUAUAAUGCAUGCCUGUCGCUGGAGAGGAAAUCCUGUGAAUUGCUGUGAGGUCUUUGAGCUCCAGUUCACGGAGUCGGGCUUGUGUUAUGUCUUUAAUACGGCUAUAAGUCCGGCAUCGCGACAGAGAGAGAAGGAAGACAAAUUCUACCCACUUCGCACUCCCCAGUAUGGCGAAGGAUCCGGCCUUGAUGUCUUUCUGCGACUCAACAGAUCCCUCAUUCGUCCUGGCAAGCGGGGAGUUAAUGUGAUGAUCAAGCAGCCACAGCAGUGGAGCGACGUCGUCCGCCAUGUGCCCCAUGAGGCGCACACCAGGAUCAGCAUAGUGCCACGGCUCACGGUCACCGAUGAGCGCACUCGGGCUGUGGGUCCUGUGGCUCGUCGCUGCAUCUUUCCGGACGAAAUCCAUGAUCCCUACUAUAAGAACCUGCCUGGGUUUAAAUACUGGGUGGGUAACUGUCGCACCAAGUGCCAUCAGGAGCAUGUCGUCGAUCUGUGCAAGUGUUCGCCACAUAUUUUCUUUCCCGUGACGGAUAAGGAUAACUUUACGAUCUGCAAAGCCUCGGACUACAAGUGUCUCUACGAUCACCGUUUAACUUUUAGCAUUGAACGGCAUCCCGACGAAAAGGAUUUUGUGGACAAUCUGUAUAAGGAAAGUAUGAUCUGCGACUGUUUCACCAGUUGCACUCAGCUUAUAUUUGAUCGCGUUUUCACCACAACAACACUGGACAACAAUGAUACGAAUACCGAGGCGGGCACAAUGCGUGUGGAUAUAUUCUUUCAGUCUGGUUGGUUUAUCCAAUAUCAGACCACCAUGAGAUUUACCUUUGUGGAGCUUUUGGCUAGUUUUGGUGGUGUUAUUGGCCUUUUUCUGGGAGCCUCACUUCUGAGUGCCUUCGAAUUGGCCUACUAUCUUUCCAUUGGCCUGUAUUUGUACUUGCAAGGUGAAAGGAAAAAGGAAAAACUUAAAAAUAAAAGCAUUAUAACCAUACCUUUUGGCCAGAGGAAAAUAACACCCACCAAGAACGUGAAUUAG